AUGGAAAGCAUCAACAGCACACUGUUGACUGAGUUCAUCCUGACAGGAAUUCCCUACCCACUCAGGCUGAGAACAUUCCUUUUUGGGUUCUUUUUGCUGAUCUACAUGCUGACUCAGUUGGGGAACCUACUUAUUCUUAUCACUGUCUGGGCAGACCCACAGCUCCAUGCCCGCCCCAUGUACAUCUUUCUUGGUGCUCUCUCCAUCAUCGAUAUGGGGAUUUCCUCCACCAUCGUUCCUCGUCUCAUGAUGAACUUCACGUUGGGCAUCAAACCCAUCCCUUUCGGUGGCUGUGUUGCUCAGCUGUAUUUCUAUCACUUUCUGGGCAGCACCCAGUGCUUCCUCUACACCCUCAUGGCCUAUGACCGGUACCUGGCCAUUUGUCGGCCCCUGCACUACCCUGUGCUCAUGACUGCUAAGCUGAGUACUUUACUUGUGGCUGGAGCUUGGGUGGCAGGAUCCAUCCACGGAGCACUCCAGGCCACCUUAACCUUCCGCUUGCCCUUCUGCGGGCCCAACCAAGUAGAUUAUUUCUUCUGUGACAUCCCCGCAGUUUUGAGGCUGGCUUGUGCUGAUACGACAGUCAACGAAUUGGUGACCUUUGUGGACAUCGGGGUGGUGGUGGCCAGUUGCUUUUCCCUGAUCCUCCUCUCCUACAUACAGAUCAUUCGGGCCAUUCUAAGAAUCCGUACAGCUGAUGGGCAGCGCCGGGCCUUUUCAACCUGUGGAGCCCAUGUAAUGGUGGUCACCGUGUACUAUGUCCCCUGUGCUUUCAUCUACCUGAGGCCCGAAACCAACAGCCCGCUGGAUGGGGCCGCUGCCCUGUUCCCUACAGCCAUCACUCCUUUCCUGAACCCCCUCAUCUAUACUCUCAGGAACCAAGAGGUGAAACUGGCCCUGAAGAGAAUAAUAAGAGGCUCAAAGGCUAAGAGCGAAAUUUGA